CAAAGCGCGGGACCCAGGCGUCGGGAGCAGAGCAGGGUCACCGUCCUCGUGUCUCAGAGCCAUGCACCCCUCUGCAGCUGACUUGCAGCUUGUUCCCAGGGCCGCAAAGCGAGUCCCCGCCUCAGACUGCAUGUGUGGUCGCGGGGCCAUCACCGCAGUGGUGGCCUCCAGCAUGAUCGUCCUUGCCCUGGGAGUUCUUUUGGCCCUCCUCUCUACGCAGGGCGUCCAGGUGGAGCACAACGCUGAACUCCGCGGAAUCCGCUUCUCCGGCGCGCUGCAGCGCGACACCUCGGACUAUCACCUCGCGCUCACCGCCGCGCUGGAGAGGCUGUUUCUAAGUAGUUUCCAGAAGACGGAGUUAGAAACAAGCUGCGUGGGCUGCACAGUUCUCAGUUACAGGGAAGGGAAUUCUAGCGUCCUGGUGCAUUUCCGGCUGCACUUUCUGCUUCGAGCCCUCCAGUCACUGAGUCUGGACCUGGAGGAGGAAUUAUUACAGCAGGGCAUCCGGGAGAAGCUUCGAGAAAGCAGCAUCUCGAUGGCUGCCUAUGGCACCAUUGUGUCGGCUGAGCUCACAGGAAGCCAGAAGGGACCGGGGAUCGACAGGGACCUAAAGUCAGGCCGCUGUCCCGAGGGCUCCUUCUCCUGCCGCAAUAGCCAGUGUGUAACCAAAGCGAACCCGGAGUGUGAUGACUGGGCCGACUGCUCGGAUGGCUCGGACGAGGAGCUCUGUGACUGUGGCCUGCGGCCAGCCUGGAGGGCUGCGGGCCGGAUCGUGGGCGGUGCGGAGGCAGCUCCGGGCGAGUUCCCCUGGCAGGUCAGCCUGCGUGAGCACAGCGAACACUUCUGUGGGGCCACCGUCGUGGGCGCCCGGUGGCUGGUGUCUGCCGCCCACUGCUUCAACGAGUUCCAGGACCCCGCCGAGUGGGAGGCGCACGCGGGCUCCACGGUGCUGAGCGGCUUGGAGGCCGGUGCGGUACGCAUGCGCGUGGCGCGCAUCGCCAGGCACCCGCUGUACAACGCGGACACCGCUGACUUCGACGCGGCAGUGCUGGAGCUGGCGCGUCCCCUGCCCCUUGGCCGCCACAUCCAGCCCGCCUGCCUCCCGGCCGCCUCUCACGCCUUCCCGCCUGGCAGCAAGUGCCUCAUCUCGGGCUGGGGCUACCUCAAGGAGGACGUCCUUGUCAAGCCAGAGGUGCUGCAGAAAGCCACCGUGGAGCUGCUGGACCAGGCCGUGUGUGCCAGCCUGUAUGGCCACUCACUCACCGACAGGAUGUUAUGUGCCGGCUACCUGGAUGGGAAGGUGGACUCCUGCCAGGGCGAUUCGGGAGGCCCUCUGGUCUGUGAGGAGCCCUCGGGCAGGUUCUUCCUGGCAGGCAUCGUGAGCUGGGGCAUCGGCUGCGCAGAAGCCCAGCGCCCGGGGGUCUAUGCCCGGGUCACCAGGCUGCGGGACUGGAUCCUGGAGGUCACCGGUGUGGCCAGCUCACUUCUGGCCCCCACUGUGGCUCCUGGCCCUGCCACUGCCAGUACUGCCAAGCUCACCAGCCCCAAUACCCCUGCCAAAGCCAUGCCUGCCCCCAGCACUGCAGCCCUCGACACUGUCACCGCAGCCAAGACACAAGAGUGCGGGGCCAGGCCUGCCAUGGAGAAGCCCAUCCGCAUCGUGGGUGGGGCCGGGGCCAUGUCCGGGGAGGUGCCCUGGCAGGCCAGCCUGAAGGAAGGGACCAGGCACUUCUGCGGAGCCACUGUGGUGGGCGACCGCUGGCUGCUGUCUGCCGCCCACUGCUUCAACCACACACGGGCGGAGCAGGUGCAGGCCCACCUGGGCACCACGUCCCUCCUGGGCAUCGGCGGGAGCCCCGUGAAGCUGGGGCUGCGGCAGGUGAUGCUCCAUCCGCGCUACAACCCGGGCACCCUGGACUUCGACGUGGCUGUGCUGGAGCUGGCCAGGCCCCUGGUCUUCAGCAAGUACAUCCAGCCCGUCUGCCUCCCGCUGGCCAUCCAGAAGUUCCCGGUGGGCCGCAAGUGCAUGAUCUCGGGCUGGGGCAACACACAGGAAGGGAAUGCCACCAAGCCUGAUGUUCUGCAGCGGGCGUCCGUGGGCAUCGUGGACCAGAAAACCUGCAGCGUGUUCUACAACUUCUCACUCACCGACCGCAUGCUGUGCGCUGGCUUCCUGGAGGGCGGGGUGGACUCUUGCCAGGGCGACUCGGGGGGCCCCCUGGCCUGUGAGGAGAACCCUGGUGUGUUCUACCUGGCGGGGAUCGUGAGCUGGGGCAUCGGCUGUGCCCAGGCCAAGAAGCCUGGUGUGUACGCGCGCAUCACCAGGCUGAAGGGCUGGGUCCUGGGCAUCAUGUCCUCGGGGACCCUACCCACGUCACCCCCGCCCACCAGGAGGACACCAGCCACCACCGGCCACUCCCCUAGGACAAUGACCAGCCUCAUGGCCCUGGGAGUCACCACCAGCAGACCCUCCACACCCAGGGCCACCAGCCGGGUGACUGUCCUGCCUGGCACCACCACUCUGUCUGCUGUGGGCGGAACCACCAGAGGACAGACACCACCUCCAGGUGCCCCAGAGACCACCACGCGCUUCCAGCUGCCAGACUGUGGCCUGGCGCCGGCUGUGGCGCUGGCCAGGAUCGUGGGCGGCAGCGCUGCGGGCCGCGGCGAGUGGCCAUGGCAGGUGAGCCUGUGGCUGCGGCGCCGGGAACACCGCUGCGGGGCCGUGCUGGUGGCAGAGAGGUGGCUGCUAUCGGCUGCGCACUGCUUUGAUGUCUACGGGGACCCGCAGCAGUGGGUCGCCUUCCUGGGCACGCCGUUCCUGAGCGGCGCCGAGGGCCAGCUGGAGCGCGUGGCGAGCAUCUACAAGCACCCGUUCUACAACCUCUACACGCUGGACUACGAUGUGGCACUGCUCGAGCUGGCCGGGCCCGUACGCCGCAGCCGCCUGGUGCACCCCAUCUGCCUGCCUGGCCCCGCACCAAGACCCACGGACGGCGCGCGCUGUGUGAUCACCGGCUGGGGCUCUGUGCGCGAGGGAGGCUCCAUGGCACGACAGCUGCAGAAGGCCGCCGUGCGCCUCCUCAGCGAGCAGACUUGUCGUCGCUUCUACCCGGUGCAGAUCAGCAGCCGCAUGCUGUGCGCGGGCUUCCCUCAGGGCGGCGUGGACAGCUGCUUGGGCGAUGCUGGCGGACCACUGGCCUGCAGGGAGCCUUCUGGCCGCUGGGUGCUAACUGGGGUCACCAGCUGGGGCUAUGGCUGCGGCAGGCCCCACUUCCCAGGUGUCUACACUCGGGUGUUGGCCGUGAGAGGCUGGAUAAGCCAGCACAUCCAGGAGUGACAGCUGCGUGGCUGCCCACACACGACAGCAGGGGCUACUGGACGUGCCAUGUGCCCAGAGCAGUCUAGGGUGCAGGCAGGUGGUGGGAAUGGGGUGCAGUUUGCCUAUUUUCUUACAAUAAACAGACCUUUGCCCUUAGCUUGCUGAGUCAACAUCUUCCUGUCCCUGGAAGUGGGGGAAGCAGGAAAACAAGCCUCCCAAAGGAGGGGAUAUUACUUAGUUUUUGGUGCAGCGAUGGUGUCAUCCCAUUUCCAAGCCUCUCCCCACCUUACCCCCCUUUUUCAGUAUUGGGGAUUGAACCUAGGCCCUUCCCAUUUAAUUACAUCCCUAGUCUUUUAAAAUUUUUGACACGGGGUCUCUUGAGAUCCUCCUGCCUCAGCCUUCCAGAGUGCUGGGAUGAUAGGCAUGGCUCAAGGCUCCCUCCUGUGUUAGCUGCGCAUUGACUGUGAUCCAGCAGCCCAGGGGCACCAAGGGGAGAGAAUGAUGCCCUCAGAGAAGGCUGGGGCCCAAGGAUGAGUGACAUCUCCUUCCAGAGACCCCCCUCCCUCAGGGAAAGUACACGGGGUUUCUC